AUGCCGGCGAGCAUCGGCUGGUUCAAGUUUGGUGGGGCGGGGGGGCGGGGGGGGGGGGGGGGGUGGCGGGGGGCGGGGGGGGGGGGCGGGGGGGCGGGCGGCGCGGGCGCGGGGGGGGGGGGGGCGGGGCGGCAGGGGGGCGCGGGGGGAGGCGCGGGGGGGGGGGGGGGGGUGGGGCGUGGGGGCGUGGCGGGGCGGGGGGGCGGGGGGGCGGGGCCGGGGGGGGGGGGGGGGGUGGGGGGGGGGCGGCGGGGGUGGGGCGGGGGGGGGGGGGGGGGGGGGGGGGGGGGGCGGGGGCGGGGGGGGGGGGGGGGGGGGGGGGGGGGGGGGGGGGGGGGGGGCGGGGGGGGGCGGGGGCGGGGGGGGGGGGGGGGGGGCGGGGGGGGGGGGGCGGGGGGGGGGGGGGGGCGGGGGGGGGGGGGGGGGGGGGGGGGGGGCGGGGGGGGGGGGCGGGGGGGGGGGGGGGGGGCGGGGGGGGGGGGGGGCGGGGGGGGGGGGGGGGCGGGGGGGGGGGGGGGGGGGGGGGGGGGGGGGGGGGGGCGGGGGGGGGGGGGGGGGCGGGGGGGGGGGGGGGGGGGGGGGGGGGGGGGGCGGGGGGGGGGGGGGGGGGGGGGGGGGGGGGGGGGCGGGGGGGGGGGGGGGGGGGGGGGGGGGGGGGGGGGGGCGGGGGGGGGGGGGGGGGGGGGGGGGGGGGGGGGGGGGGGGGGGGCGGGGGGGGGGGGGGCGGGGGGGGGGGGGGGGGGGGGGGGGGGCGGGGGGGGGGCGGGGGGGGGGGGGGGGGGGGGGGGGGGGGGGGGGGGCGGGGGGGGGGGGGGGGGGGGGGGGGGGGGGGGGGCGGGGGGGGGGGGGGGGGGGGGGGGGGGGGGGGGGGGGGGGGGGGCGGGGGGGGGGGGGGGGGGCGGGGGGGGGGGGGGGGGGGGGGGGGGGGGGGGGGGGGGCGGGGGGGGGGGGGGGGGGGGGGGGGGGGGGGCGCCAAGUCACCCUCGUGCGGGUGCUGUGUCGAACCGCAUACGCAAAGUGUUGGACAGUAUCGCUGCUGCAGAGGACACUUACAACCACCUGACCGCUGAACAGGUUUCUCAGUUACAGAACAACCUGACACAACAUGAAGGUUGGUUGCGUUCAAAGCUUCAGGUACAGAAUGCAAAGCCCAAAACGGAAAACCCAACAGUGCUGGCUUCCGAAAUCAUAUCUCAGCAGAAAACUAUGGAAGCUGUCUGUCACCCUAUCAUCAACUCCCCGAAGCCAACGCCUCCACAACCAAAAGAAUCCACUGAAGUGAAGAGCGAAAACAUCGACACAGCUCCCACGAUGAACGAUAUUUCCAAGAGUAGCCCGUCAACCAAAACACAAGAUAUGGAUGUGGAUUAACGGAUUCGUCGCUGUAUGCCGCUACUUGACAUUCGUCUUUGUUUUUAAAACGUGUAUACCACGCUUGUCGACGUCUUUUUUGCACAACUCCAUCCUACCUACACGUUUUCACUCCAGGAAAUAUGUGUUUGCCCUCAGCUAUCAUUCUUCUUCAGACGCAUAAUCCUCUUUGCUGCCGUAUUUUUACGUUUGAAGCUCGUUCCUUCAAAAGUGAUUGACAUUCGAUGAUCCGGUGUCUAUAACAAAAAUGUUUGAACUAAUAAGCUUUACUUCUGCAUGGACUGUAGACCUUUUUGCUGCCUUUGCUUUUGUUGUAAUUAUGCAGGUGGAGACUACGCCUAGCCUAAUGACGUAGCGACGCACCGAUUUCAAAGGGGUUCCCAAUUUAAUUUUGCGUAUUCCUGAAUCGGAAGCCCGAUCCUUUCAAUAGCUAUUUUUUUCUUCCCUGUGUGGCUGCUCUUUCUAUGUUGGCCUCUUAUCCAUCAGCUUUGGCUCCUACGUCGGCCUCUUCCUGAUUCCUAACCAAUACACCCGUUGCGUAAUUUUUUCGUGAGUCCUGAGUUGGAUAAUUACGAAGCUUAGCUGGACAAACCGUGGAAAUUGUGUCCCUGCAAAGCCCUUGUGAGAUGGUCCAGAAGUGCCCUCUUAUAUGGAACUUAGCAGGUUGGACCAUAUUUUCUGUCCAUAUUCUGUAUGAUAUCUUAAGGUUCCAAAUAUUCUGCUCCCGUUGUGUUUGCUCCCAACCUCUUCACAUGAUCUCUGUAUCACUGCACUUAUGAACCGUGCUCAUCCCCAUUCCAUUGUGGUUCCACACAGCCUUCGUACUUACCUCUCGGUUUCUCCGACUAAACAUUGGGCUUUUAGUUUAUUUUUGCAAUUUCGUUCGGGUUAUGACAUUAUUUGUUUCGGCAUAUAGCUAACCCACCUGAGGACCAUCAGUACUACAUUUACCGAUAAACUAGCUUUGUUGUCAUCUGCCGUGUUUUCUGCGUUCGGUUUAUAGUGGCACAGUCGUAAUGCUCACCAAUGUCUUAUGUGAUUCAGUUUAAACAAACAUCCCUGUUCGAUUAAAUACAUUUUGCCCAAACUGAAAAACCAA